GGGAAUAUUUCUGAAAGAAGUGCUGACCGCCACACUGAACUCUAUAUGGUCAACCACUGUGCUUCUACAGGACCAACGGAACACAUUGGUUAGUGAAGAAUGCUGUCAGAAGGAUAUCUCAGUGGACUUGCCUACUGGAACGAUAUUCACUGGAGUUGUGCACCUUAUAACAAGCAGGUGGUUGAGGAAAACGAGGCAGAGACAAACUCUGCAGCUGCUCUCUCCUACUCCUCUGUGGAUAACACGCAGGUCAGGAGUCUCUAUGUAGGCUGCAAAUCCUCUAACAACUUUGUUUCUUCAGUGCAUUCAAGAGAGAGCCAACACAGUAGAAAUCAGAGCUUCUCAGUGCUGCAGACAUACUCAAAUCCUGUGUUUGAGAGCCCAAGCUUGGCUGCCGAUGAAACAUGCAGAGACCUCAGCAGAGAGACUUACUUGGUUCCACCUUCCUGCAAAAGUAUUUGCAAGAAUUACAAUGACUUACAUAUUGCAGGGGGCCAGGUCAUGGCCAUUAAUUCUGUGGUAACAGAUUUUCCUUCUGAGAGCAGUUUUGAAUAUGGCCCCUUGCUAAAAUCAUCUGAGAUUCCUUUACCCAUGGAGGAUUUCAUUUCCACUCAGCCUAGUGACUUUCCCCCCAAACCGAUCAAGCAGUAUUCAUCUUACUGGAAGAUAACCAGCAUCAAAGAGAAAAACAGCCUGCAAAUGCAGAAGCCUAUCUCUAACGCAAUGCUGAAUGAGUACCUGGAGCAGAAGGUGGUAGAGUUAUAUAAGCAGUACAUUAUGGAUACUGCAUUUAAUGACAGUUCUCCAACCCAAAUUCUGGCAUCUGAACUCAUCAUGACAAGUGUGGACCAAAUUAGCCUUCAAGUGUCUCGAGAGAAGAAUUUGGAGACAUCCAAGGCUAAGGAUAUAGUCAUUAACCGCCUCUUACAGUUGGUGUCUACAGAAAUCAGUACUCCUAGCCUCCAUAUUUCUCAGUAUAGCAAUGUGAAUCCAUAGAGAGGAUACUUCCAUUCCUCUUUCUCAACUACUCUAACCUAGAGCAACACUUUAUUCAUUUCUUCUGAGAAAGUGCCAGAAGGUAUAUUAGAGUAAUCAUGAGAAGUAAAGGUGGACUGGAAGUCAGAUGUAACUAAGAGGCAAUCGCUUAAUAUUGCCUAUGAUGAAGGAAUGUGGGAAGAGGAGUCAUAGAAAAUUAUUUCAAAGAGAGGGUAGUAAAAUAACUGAAAAUGAUUAAAAGAAAUGGCAUGACUCGUUUAAAAUAAGAAAUUUAAAGAGACAUCGAGAAAAAGAAGUCAAAUGUGAAAGCACACCAAAGCAAACACCAAAAAAAAAUCAAAAUUUGAGGAUAACGGGUUAAUAAUGUUUCUUAU